CAUUUCGUGUGAUCUCACUGUCUCCCGCCCUCUCCGAAUCUCCUCCACAUCUUAUAUCGCAUCCCCUCCGCCUCUCCCUUUCUCUCUCAGAUACAUCCUCUUCCUUCUCCCUCCAACCCACUCUGCUUUCAUCUACUAUGGCCGCCGCCGCCGCCGUCAUUCUCGAGCCGCUGGCGGUCCUUUGCCCUUCCCGCGGCGUUGCCUUGGCCUCCGCUCGUUCUCCUCGCACCUCUCGUCGGUCGGGGCUCCUCCUCCCCCGGUUUAGCGGCCUGAGGUGCUCUCCGCUUCCCUCGAGGGUCAGGGCGGCCGCGCCGGCCCGACCGAGGGCCGUCGGGAGUGGAGCCGUGGUCUGCGAAGCGCAGGACACGGCGGUUCAGCUUCCAGAAGUGGGUAAGGCGACAUGGCAGUCGCUCGUCCUGGACUCGGAUAUCCCAGUUCUAGUUGACUUUUGGGCCCCAUGGUGUGGGCCAUGUCGAAUGAUUGAGCCACUUGUUAUCAAAUUGUCGAAGGUUUACGAAGGAAAGCUGAAGUGCUACAAGCUCAACACUGACGAAAACCCGGAUAUAGCCUCUCAAUAUGGGAUUCGAAGCAUCCCCACUAUGAUGAUCUUCAAGAAUGGUGAGAAGAAAGAUGCUGUAAUUGGGGCGGUGCCAGAAAGUACUUUGAUCACAUCUAUCGAAAAGUUCAUCUGAGUUUCGAGUGUAUUCCUCCAACAAGGAGAUGAACUUGUUUCAGUAAUCUUUUUGAAGUUUGGGAAGGCCAUUUAUGUAUGUAAAUCAACAUUAUCUUUGCCUUUAGCUAUCUCCCAAGUGUACUGUGUAUAUUUUGUUGGAAGGAGUUAGCAGUACUUGUCAUCCUUUUCAUGUAAUUGCAAUGCCUACUGCUGAUAUUUGAGUC